GUGCGUGCGUGUGUGCGCGUGCGCGCGCGCCGGUGACUCGUGCACGCUGCUGAAACUCCAGCAGGUUGCCCAUCCAUCCCCCUGCACAAGCGGAGCUCCGAGUCGCUGCAGUUCCUCCGUUUGAUAGCAGAAGAACAUCUGCACAUCAGCUGGAAAACGAUUAAAAAAAGCACGAGCGCUGUGAGGCUGUGGAUUACAGAGUUACUCUGGACACCCGGAGUUCCUCCACCAGAGCCUGAGGAGAAGAUCUCAGCGGUGGAUUUGGGAGAAAAAUGUUUCUCUCCCAUCAGUACCGAGCGGUCUUGUUUGUGUCGCUGUUGGCUUUGCAGAUGUGUGAUGACGGCAUGCAGGGCUGCGUAGACAAGCAGAGGGUGAUGGACGUGCUUCGGCAGAUGGAGAAAUUUUUAAAGGGACAGGAGAUCCGGUUUACAGAGGGUCUCAGGAUAAUGAAGUCCAAACUCACCAGCCUUCAGAACUCAGUGUCCAAGUUUCCACAAGCAGACCAAUCUUCACCUAUAUCUACAUGUCCUGCUCUGGAAGUACCAGCUGAUGGGAAGAAGUUUGGCUCCAAGUACCUAGUUGGACAUGAAGUGCACUUCACAUGUUCCUCAGGUUAUUAUCUGGUGGGCUCAGCAACACGUGUAUGUCAGGAGAAUGGCAGCUGGAGUGGAGUCAGUGCGCUCUGUAAAGUGGGACAGUGUCCCCCUGUUGCCACCCGCAGGCUGAAGCCUAAUGCCCCCUCGCCCCCCCUCUCACGUUCAGCCCCUCCGGAGUGGAGUGUAGUGGACGAUCCGGAGUUUAGCCGUAAACCUCGGUGCGUUAAAGUGGACCGAGCUCAGCACUGCAGCUGUGACGCAGGAUUCCACAUGAGCGCCACCUCACACAGCACCAUCUGUCAGGAUGUAAACGAGUGUGAGGUGUUUAAAACGGACAGCGGGUUACUGUGCGCUCACACGUGCGUGAACAUCCCGGGCUCCUACCGAUGCUCCUGCCCUGCUGGAUACAAGCUGCUCGCAGACGCCAGGAGCUGUGAGGAUGUGGAUGAGUGUCUUACACAAGAGCAUAACUGCAGCCGUGGCACCACUUGUGUCAACACCGGAGGAGGUUUCCAGUGUGUGAAUCCAGAGUGUCCACACGUGCCAGGAAAUAUCAGCUACGUGAAGACGUCGCCUCUUCAGUGUGAGAGGAACCCCUGCGCCAUGACCAGCCGCACCUGCCACCUGGCCCCGAAAACAGUUUCCUAUCACUUCCUGUCUCUGCCUUCCAACCUCCAAACCCCGGCCACGUUGUUCCGCAUGGCCACAGCGACCGCUCCUGGAAGGCCGGGACCCGAUAGCCUGCGCUUCGGCAUCGUGGAGGAAGGAGACGCACGGGGAAUGUUCAUCAUGCAGCGCUCAGACCGCCAGACCGGAGAACUGAUCCUCGUCCAGACGCUGCUCGGUCCACAGGAGCUCAGCGUGGACGUGGAAAUGGCCGAGUAUUCGGAUCGCACCUUCCAGGCGAAACACCUCGCCCGGGUCCAUGUGCUCAUCUCUCCAUACGAGUUCUGAUGGAGGACGAGGAGAAGAUGUUCUACACACGCGAGCUUUUGUCCUUUCAGUUCUCACUUGAAACUGGUUUUGUGGUAAAAGCAGCUUUUUCUUAACUGAAAUGAAAUCUUUGUAAAUAUCAAACCGAUUUUCUGUCACUUUAAUCAAAUACAAAAUCUCUGCUCUCAGAAAUCUCUGUACUUUUAUAUCAGAUUCUCUGGAUUUUUGUGUGUUUUAGAUUUUUACUGAAUCAUUUGGAAUCUCGAUCAGAGCUGUUUUUAAUACCACAAAGAAAAAAAACAUCAGAUGUGAACCCAUUUAAUGUACUGUAUAUACUGAAGACCGUUUCUCAGCUCUCAUGUGAAUUAAACAAGAUCAAAAAUGGA